UCUUCCCAACUUCUUCAACGAACUAUUACUUUCAAGUGCGUUGCAAUGAGCAACAGAACCAGAACAACUCGUCAGAGUCAGAGCUGCCCGUUGUUGUAUACACAGCAGGCAGACAGAAACAAAGGGAAAAAAAGAACUCUGUUGCAUUUUAUAAAGCUACAAAAUUGCAUCUUAUGGUACUUAUUGUGAGAACUUACAAGAAAAAUACAUUAUGUUAAGUGGGGAAUAUAGAAGGAGUCCACGAAUAGUUGAACUGGAUGCACGGAAAGCACAAGAAUCGAGGAGCCAAAAUAUGGCCAAUGUGAUAUGUGAAGUGAUGGACGUGGAGGAACUGGAUAAGGGACAAGAUAUUUUGAAACAAAAGCGCGGAAGGAAAAAGGUUAAGGUCAGAGCUGUCCAAGAUCUUGUUGUUAAUUCAGUUGAAUAUAAAGAUCAGAAGACUGACACUGGGAAUGAUGAAGAUCACCUUAUCAAUGCUGCUAAUGUGCCAUCUAGAGCUGCAACACCAGAAAAAAGCAAGCUUGAACUACUGCUUGGCAUAUUGCAGAGGUUUGUAUUUAUCUCAUGGACGAAUCAAGCUCUGAUAGCUUUAACUAAGAAAUAUAAUGGAUUAAAUAUCUUAUUUCCUUCCACAAGAAAAAAAAAAAAAGACUUCUGUGUUGAAUUCUAUUAUGAUGUCAUCAAAGAACCAAUGGAUUUUGGCACGAUUGCAAAGAAACUGAAUGAAGGAAGUUAUCAAACACUGGAAGAAUUUGAGCAUGAUGUAUUUUUGAUAUCCAACAAUGCCAUGCUUUUCAAUGCUUCAAAUACCAUCUAUUACAGACAGGCACGUGCCUUAAAAGAACUAGCUACAAGGCUAUUCCUUGCUCUUAAAACUGAUCCUGAAAACUUUGAAACUGAAGCUUCCAUGCGAAGAAUGGGAGUUGGUAGGAGGUCAAAAGCUGACAUUAGAAUUUUGAACUGUAACUCUAACAACAAGAAUAAUACUGGAAUUGGUGCAAGAGGCCAUAGAGCUCAAAGAGGACUUGAUGACUUUGAAGUGGAAAAGCGUCAAACUUAUAGAGCAUGGAAUUCUUUUCUAAGUGAGAAUGGAUCAUUAGUCUCGGCAAUUUAUAACAGUCCAAAGCAACUUAAACUGGUGAGUAUUGUUUCUUCCAAUUGAAUAUAUAUCUGCAUCUUGCCAAAUAAACA